AUGGGCGAACCACGGGAACAGCACGUUGAAGGAUAUCUCGGCAAUUCGGGAGCGACGAGAAGCACUACGUACGCUCGGUAUGCUCUUGUUGCGUGGCCAGCAGCACGUGACGUCGAGAAUUCGUUCACGUUUAUUGACGCCAAUGCAGCAGUUGGCACUCUUCAAGCUCAGAGACCUGUAGAUGCUAGCACUCUGAGGACGUUUAUGGAAGCGGUUGCUUCAAAGUUUGCGGAGAACCGGCCGUCACUACAUUCAUGGACUGAACCACAGACUGCGUCGGUUGGAUUUUGCCGAUCAAUGUGCGAUCUCUUGGUCGAUGCUAGACUCGUGAAAAUGUUCUUCUACAACUUCGUAAGAGGCAUGGAUUCUUAUGAAAAUAAGGAUGGACUUGCUUCUGGCUUUGGUGCACUAGCUCGUCGUUUCGACUGGAGCGGUAUUGGCUCCGAGAUUCUGGAAUCCUUGGGUGACACAGUGGAUCCUAUGAGUAUGGACAUGGGCAUGCAUAUGUAA